CGGAGAAGCUCUGAAAGUAAAGUUUCAGGCAGCAGAAGGGACUGAUGUGUGACAGGGAAGCGGUGGUGCUGGAGGCCCUUGGCCGCUGUGGGCUGCGAGGGCUUAGUCAAGCCUGGGUGGAUUCAGUAUGGGAACUGGACUUUACAGAGACGGAACCUCUGGAUCCCAGAGUGGAAUCGGUGAUCGCAGAAAAUGGGUUGGAAGUGUUCAACAACUUGUAUGAGAGCCUCUUACCAUUUGUUUCUGAAGAUCAAGAGAACCAGCGGAGUGUCUGGGUACUGUUUGCUGAAAAUGACAUUUGCCGAAACUCCCUGGUUGCUGUGCUAUAUCAUUUCCUACAGACUGGAGAGAGCAAAAAGGCUGGUGUCAUGCAGAAGGUGUUUGCCCUACAUGCUGCUGGCCUGUACUUCCUGCUUCUGGAGAUCCCAGGCAGUGUAGCUAAUCAGGUAUUCCACCCUGUGCUUUUUGACAAAUGUGUGAGCAUUCUGGAGAAAACCUGGCCGCAGGACCCUGAUUCCAACAGGAAGAGGAAAAAGGAUACAACAAAGAGUUCUCAAGGGGAACCUCGAGGGGGGCGGAAAAGACCUAGACCAACAAGGAGGGAGGAACCAGAGCUGGAUGAUCUGUCUGAAGAAGAUGAGGAAGAAGUUUAUUUUUCUACCAGAGAUCUCAUGAAUAUCCGAGAUGCCAUUUUCCUCCUUUUGAAGAACUUUUUGCGCCUGCUGCCCAAAUUUUCGCUAAAGGAAAAGCCACAGAGCGUACUUCAUUGUAUGCAGGUCUUCAUUAAUUUAACCAGUUUUGAGAACGUCCCACAAGACAUACCGUUUUCAAGUGAUGUCUCUAUUAACCGCAUGAAGUAUGUGCCUGCACUCGCUUACCACGGGCUAUGGUUGCUCUGUUUGCCAAUCCACGGGGAAGGAAAUCAGACUCUGCGCCGACUUUUCCAGCGUCUACUCAACGUCAUCCUGAUGACAAAGGGAGGGGAGGGCUCUGCAGCUGCUGCCCUCCUGGUUAUCAAUGCUCCGGUUACUAGUGCCAGGAACCAAGCAAUCAGAUUUGUCAGUUUCUUGGUGGAUGAGUUGAAGGACGUGGCUUUUCCCGUGCUGCACAUCCUGCUGCAACACAUUUGUGUCAAGUUUCCAGAUAAGUCCGACUACCGUCUGAGUGCUGCACAGGCUUUGGUAAAACUCCUGGAUAAACUGCCCAAUGCUGAAUAUGCCACUUUCAUUGACUGGCUUCACCGCUAUUCUAAAAACACUAAGAUAUCUUACAGAGUGUUUGCCCUGGAUGUGGCUGUCUCUUUGCUAGAAAUGCCAGAGAGGGAGCCUGAUGAGUCUUUACCUCCAGAGAAAUCAAAGUUUCUGCAACACAAGUUCCUUCUGCAAGUCAUGGUCUUCAGUCGCUGCUCAGAUAAAGCUCCAACUGUCCGCAGCAAAGCACUUUCCUGCCUAGCUCAGUGCUUGGAGAAAAAUGCCACUUCUGCCAUAGAGGGUGUCCAGGAGCUUCUGCAAGGCAGUGCUUGUCGCACAGUUUUGGGUACAAAUGUAACAACUGAGACUUCAAUCAACAACGAAGCUACAAAUCAUCCUCAGAAAACUCUGGGUACUAUGAAAUCCAUUGAAGUGUCAGAUGCGAGUGAUCAGUUGGGAACUGAUGGAAAAGAGGUUCUUGUGAUGUUGCGCCACAGAGCUGGGGAUGAGAAAACAAACGUCAGGAAAUCUGCCCUCCAGGUUCUGGUGAAUGUAUUGAAGUACAAUCUGAUUCCUUGCAGCUCUGAGGAUCUAUCUACUCUACAGGACCGGUGCAGAGACCCUGCCGUAUCUGUGCGCAAACAGGCACUGACUUCAUUGACUGAACUUAUGCUGGCUCAGUGUCCGAAUGGUCUAGUACAAAAAGCCUGGCUGACUGGCGUAAUCCCGGUAGUGUUGGACACAGAGACCUCUGUGCAGGAAAAAGCUCUGGAAUGUCUUGACCAGCUGAUGCUACAGAAUAUCACACAUUAUAAUCGAUAUAAAAAAGGGGAUGAGAGGCAGAAACUUACAUGGGAUCUGCUGACAUUACUCACAGCUGAGAGUCAAGAUCUCAGUCGCUAUCUAACAAAGGCAUUUCACCUGUGGUCCAAGCAAGAUAAGUUUACUUCAACCUUAAUCAACAACCUGAUCUCUCACACCGAGGCCGAACACUCUGCCCCAGCAUGGAUGGUUCUUGCUAAAGUGGCUGGCUCCUGUCCUAAGCUUGACUACACCAAAAUACUAAACUCCUGGGACAGUGUCAGCAGGCAGAAUGAUGCGAACAGCAGCACCGUAGCGCACAUUCUGUGUGUGAUAGGACAUAUUGCAAAGCACCUUCCUGCUGACACCAGAACUCAUCUGAUAGAUCAUGUAAAAUCCUGGUUGAAAGAGUUUAAGUCUCCCCCAGAGGUGAUCAGUUCAGCGGUGGAGUCUCUGCAGAAGCUCUGCCAUGCUCAUUGUGAUACCCCUGAGGGAAUACAGGAACUGCUGAACGAGGUAUGUGGGGAUCUUAUCUGCACCUGUGAAGAAUACAUCUCCUCUGUUGUAAUGACAGACAACCGAAAUGAAUCAUUUAAUCAGGAUUUGUUGGUCAAACACCUCUUCACUCUUGGAGAAGCUGCCCAGCUAUGUCCAGCCCGUGUAGAGAAGCGAGUUUUACUACUGGUCCAGUCCAUUUUAGCCUCGUCUCCCACAACAGAGCAACAUUCUUGUCGUUCUGAUAAUGAGGAAAUUCCUGAGUCACAGCCUUCAUCACAGCCGUCAUCUCAGCAACUUUCACAACCUCUUUCACAGCCACUCUCCCAGUUCAGAGGUUCCAACAUGCCCUCUAUAGUCCGCGCACACGCCUUUAUCACACUUGGAAAGCUGUGCCUGCAGCAUGAGGACCUGGCAAAAAAGUGUAUCGCAGCACUUGCCCGGGAGCUUGAGGUGUGUGAUGAUGUGGCCAUCCGCAACAAUGUGAUCAUUGUUAUAUGUGACCUGUGCAUCCGGUACACAACAAUGGUAGACAGAUACAUCCCCAAUGUGUCCGUUUGUCUCAGAGAUAAAGACCCUUUCAUCCGCAAGCAGACACUCAUCAUGCUCACUAACCUGCUGCAGGAGGAAUUUGUCAAAUGGAAAGGCUCUCUCUUCUUCAGAUUUGUCAGUGUGUUGGUGGAUCCUGACCCAGAAAUUAGCAAAUUUGGAGAGUUUUGUCUUGUUCAUCUGUUGCUGAAGAGAAAUCCAGUUAUGUUUUCCCAGCAUUUCAUUGAGUGCAUCUUCCACUUCAAUUCUUAUGAGAAACAUGAAAAGUAUAACAAGUUUGCUCAGACAGAGCGGGAGAGGGUCCUAUUUGCUCUCAAGGGGAAAGAAAACAAAGAGAAGCGCAUGAAGAUCUAUCGGUUUUUGUUGGAUCACUUUACGGAUGAGCAGAGAUUUAAUUUAACUACCAAGAUCAGCCAGAACGUUCUAGCCUGUUUUGUGGAUGGGAUUUUACCAAUUGACAUGGAUGCAAACGAAUUGCUUUCGGACAUCUUUGAAAUUAUGUGCUGCAAGGAGAUUAAAUUGUCUGCAAUGAGGUCCAAGCCUGCUGAAGAUAUUGGUGGCGGUGAUGAUGAUGAGAUGGCCAUGGCAAAUGCUGUGAUGCAAGUAGCACAGAAAAAGCUCAUUUCACAAGUGCAAAAGAAAAACUUUAUAGAAAAUAUCAUCCCAAUUAUCACCUCUCUGAAAGCUUUCCUAGAGCAACACCGGAUCCCCGCUGUGAGAGAUCUGAUGAACUACUUGCGGGAGAUGAUGCAGGAUUAUCGGGAUGAAAUCAAGGACUUCUUUGCUGGAGAUAAGCAACUUGCAGCAGAACUGGAGUAUGACAUGAAGAAAUAUGAGGAGCAGCUAGAGAGGGAGAGAGAGCGGGAAGAAAAUGAGCAGAACGCGCCGGAAAACAUUCUGGGAACACCGCCGGGCUCUCCUCGUGCUGUGAAUGCUGUCAGAUCUCCCAGGAGUCCUGGUGGUCGUAGAUCUCCUGCAACUCCUAAUGCACGAUCUCCAGCUGCAACUCACCCCAGUACCCCUCUUGCAGCAACGCCCAGGAUCAGCAUUCUAAAAGGCCAUGGGCCCAGACCAAGGCAGUUGUCACUCAGCACUCUUGCUAUACUAAACUCUGCAAAGAAAGCUGCGGAAGGCAGCAAGAAACCACGCAGCAAGAGCAUUGGGGCUCAUCCAUCUACUCCUUCAAUACAAAGUGCCAGCAGCAAACAAGUGUCUUUCCGUAGUCCAGACCAGCAGUCUAACACAUCGCUGACAGGGAGAGCAAUUAGCACCCCUGACCAGACCAUUAAUAACGUUACAUUUGGAGCUGGGGUCAGUUAUAUCGCUUCAAGCCGUACUCCAUCUUCAGGGAGAGGAAGUGAUGUAUCCCAAGAUCAAGAUGUCCUUUGUAUUAUGUCACCAGACAGGCCGGCUCCCCAACCUCGACAAUGGAAGGUCGAAUCUCCAGGUCAAAGGAGAAGUAGUCGUCGUCCUUCAGGAAAAGCGCCACUAAAGCCAUCCAACUAGCAGUGUUGGUUACGGCAGGAAAUAUCUAAUUAAAUUAACGUACCACUGUGUAGAAGAUAAUUUACAACAUUCUCUUAGGUCAUAGUUUAUGGACUUUGUAUUGUUAAGAUCUCCACUGCUCUGUAAAUAUUUAUCUGUGGUUUGAUACAACUUUGUUUUAAUUUUGCUCUUUUAUGUACUUGUAACCAUGUCCACUAAUUUGUAAGCACAACGCUUCAAAAAAGACCCAUGAUCUUCAUGAGUUUAACAUAUUUAAUCCUGUGGCCACUAGAAAGGAUAACAGUAGUUUGUAAAAUAAUAAAUUGCAAUCUUCUCUAGCAUGGGCAGGGUUGGGGGUUAGAAAUACACUUUUUAUGACUUUGUGGAGUCUUCCAUCUCUAGGACUAAGGAAUCGUAUCAUAAAUGUGGUUUUACAAUCAACAUCCAAUAGUCUUUGAACUAAUUUAUUGACCACUCUAGUUCUGACAUUUGCUGUGCAGUUUUAUUUUUUUACAUAUUAGUAGGUAUUUUAAUUAUAAAAUUUUGUAGAUUGGACAUAUCUAAAACGUAUUCUUCAUUGCAGGACCAUGGGUGAAUUAAUCCUACUAUAUUAACAAAUCUCAAUAAUUCUACUUCUAUAGAUAUUUCUGGUUAAAAUCACGCAAAGCAUAAUGUAUCUAGGUACCAUUUUCUUUAGUUUAUCUGCAUAAAGGGACUUUAAACUUCAAAGAAUCAUUGUUUGUUUGUUGUGUAUUAUAUAUUAUAUACGUUCUUGCUAGAACCUUGGAGACAAAAACAUAUUUACCCUUAGUAAAGCUAAUGGUCAAUAUUGUUUUAAAAAAAAUAAACACUUUAUACAUUGAA